AUGACAAUUUAUAAUCCACAACUUUGUUUUCUCCCGCGUUUCUUACAUAGAUUCUCCAACCUUAAUUCCCUUGACCUCUGGUUUGGCUCCCAUGAUUUCGAUACAGAUAUUGUUUUGUCUCUCCGUGACAGACCAACAUUGAAAUCUUUAUUUAUUUCUGGGAUUGACCUAAAUGAUGCAAAAUAUGUUACUUCACAUUACAUUGAUUCCUUUGUGAGUUUGAAGUGUUUGAAUUGUCUCAAGUUCGGGUAUUCGCAAAUCCCUGAUGAUUUGCUUUACUCUAUUGCAAGAGAAGGUUUUCCUUUAAAGAGUUUUGUUCUUGAAAUGUGUAUCGGCUAUAGUUACCAAGGAAUUUAUGCUUUAUUAUCCAAGUGUCACGGGAUACAACAUUUAGGUCUUCAAGAGGUUGAUUUUCUAAAUAAUCAUCAUAUUUUUCAGUUGUCUUUGCUUCUUCCUGAUUUGGUAUCUAUAAACCUUAGCAGAAGUUCCAAGCUCACUGAAUUAGCUUUAUUUGCACUCAUUAAGAACUGUCAUUCACUUAAUGAGAUCACAAUGAAAGACAUAUAUAUUGGGAAAGAGAGUGUAAAAAAUUAUGAUACUUUGAAAGAUUUUGAUGUCAACCCUCGAUUAAAGUUUCUACAUUUGCUUGACAAUGCAUUUAUAAACGAGGAGAUCGUCAUAUUGUUUGCUUCUAUUUUCCCCAAUUUAGAGUUUCUCGAUUUAAGUUAUUUCCAUGGCAUAUCUAAAAAGGAUAUUUGUCAAGUUCUAAGUAGAUGUUGUAAGAUUAGACAUCUAAACUUGAGCAACACUAAUGAAGUGAGAGGACUUAAAAUGAACUUUGUAGUUCACCAACUAGAGGUGUUGGACUUAACCGAUACAAAUGUUGAUGAUAAAGCACUCUAUGAGAUCUCAAAAUGUUGUUGUGGACUUCUCCAACUAAUAUUGAUAAGUUGUAAAUAUGUCAUAAAAUAG